AUGGCGAAUACACAAACCGUUCCACCAGCGAAGGAGGUCGCAGCUGUUGGUGAUGGUGAUGACGAUGGGGAUCAAGAGCUUGAUUCAGCUAGCGACUAUGGGAAUGCGGAUGAUGAAGACGACAAACCAUCAGCUGGUGGAGGAAAUGCGGCACUUGAGACUGAGGAGACGGCCGAAGAUCCUAGCGCUGGCGCAACACCGAGUAAACAUCUGAAGAGCCUGAAGCUCCAGGAACUAUGCAAAAAGGUACAUUCACUCGCUGUUUUGUCUGAAUAG